UCAUCUUCUCGGAUAGUCUUAGUUCUAUCGAGGCACUCCGGUCGAUGAAACCUGUUAAGCACGCAUCUUACUUUCUUACAAACAUAAGAGAGCAGAUGCGUGUUUUGGUCGAAAGAUCAUUCAAGAUUACCUUUGUUUGGGUCCCAUCUCACUGCUCAAUCUACGGCAAUGAGAAGGCAGACUCGCUGGCAAAGGUGGGCGCACAGGAAGGUGAGGUUUAUGAUAGACAAUUCUCGAGUAACGAGUUUUUCCCAUUAGUCCGUCAGAGAACUCUUCAAAGUUGGCAAAGGAAUUGGACACACAAUGAACUCGGACGGUGGCUAUUUUCCAUAGUUCCAAAAGUUUCUGGGCGAGCGUGGUUCAGAGGUGAGGACUUAAGUCGAGGCUUCAUUCGCGUGAUGUCGAGACUUAUGUCCAAUCACUAUUCACUAAACGCACAUCUGUACAGAAUAAACCUUGUCGACAGCAACUUAUGUAGGUGCGGAGCCGGUUAUGAUGACAUCGAUCACGUAGUUUGGUUCUGCUCGGAAAAUGACGCCUCCAGAGAGCGACUAUUGGAUACCCUAGUGGCCCGAGAUCUCCGUUACUCAGGCCAUCCGGAAGACGCUCCCAGUAGAACCAAUCCUCGAGCACGACGACACGCCACAUCGUCCCUUACGCCAAAUGCCCGGAUGAGCAGCCAAAAUUCCUUGAUUCCGAAUCCUAAGCCUCGUCCAUCCUUUAAUAUUGUAAACUAACCUCGAGUCACCACGAGUACGCUGGCUCCUAUCCCUCUCUUACUAACUAAAAAAAAUGACAUUGAUUGUAUAUAUCACAAAGAAAUAUGGCUCCGUAAAGUGUUA